AUGCAAAUUUCGUUGCGAUCAUCUAAAGUCGAGACAGGAAGAGGAGCUCUUGUAGUAGAUAUUGUAGUGGAGGGCGUCCCUGAGCUAGUUGUCGAGGAAAGUGAAGCUUUAUUGGUGGAGGAAAUCGUUGAGUAUGGCUUCGAAGACAGGGUUGAGGAUGACUUCGAAGACAGGGUUGAGGAUGACUUCGAAGACAGGGUUGAGGAUGACUUCGAAGACAGGGUUGAGGAUGACUUCGAAGACAGGAUUGAGGAUAGUUUCGAAGACGUAGAAGGCUUCACUAUUGAAGUCGUACGAGAAGGCAGCGUUGUCAACGUGGUACCAAAUGACUUGUGA